CCUCCUUUGCUUUGCCCAAGUGUCCGUUGCCGAGGGUAUUCGAGGUGGUCGACGGUCAUGCCGGAGCUGAUUCCGAAGAGCGCGACCGUUUCCAAGAAAGGUUUCAAGAAAGCUGCGACCAAGGGGCAGAAGGAUGGCAAGAAGCGCAAGAAAUGCCGGAAAGAGAGCUACUCCAUUUACAUCUACAAGGUGCUGAAGCAGGUGCAUCCUAACACCGGCAUCUCGUCCAAGGCCAUGAGCGUCAUGAAUUCCUUAGCCACUGACAUCUUCGAGCGCAUCGCGGGCGAGGCGUCGCGCCUGGCGCAUUACAACAAGCACUGGACCAUCACAUCUCGGGAGAUCCAGACGGCUGUGCGCCUGCUGCUGCCCGGCGAGCUGGCCAAGCACGCCGUGUCCGAGGGCACCAAGGCCAUCACCAAGUACACCAGCGCCAAGUAGACCUCUUGUCACCAGACCAGCUUUACAAUCCAACGGCUCUUUUAAGGGCCACCCACAAUUCUUAAGGGACUGUAAGCUCAUAGUUCGUGUAUGUUGAGUAUGUUUUCUAUCUAGAGAAAGUGCUGGUUUUACAAGCAAACUUUAUUUCUUGCUGUUAACUAUGCUCCCAGCAUUCAAUAUGCUUGAAAAAAAUGCUCAAAUGACUUGAUACUAA